AUGAAUACCAUUUCAUCCACCAAAACAAAUCCAUUGGUCAUUUCCAUCGUUGCUGCCACGGCAUUGAUGACAUCCAUCACUUGCGCCAUCAACUUUUGGCGGUCGUGGUAUCUAAAAGACAAGGCUCAGCAUGAUGGUUUCAAGAAAAUUCCACUAGCCAAGGGUGCGAUCCCAUACUUUGGCCAUCUAUUUGCAUUCCCCAAAGACGAGAAUCCAUCAUCAACAAUCAUAAAGUGGCAAAAUGAAACAGGGCCUAUCAUGCGUAUUUAUAUGGGUGUGCAACCGAUUGUAUUCAUCUCAGAUGCCUUACUUGCACACCAAAUCUUAAAUGUGCAUGGUAUCAAGACGGCCAAUCGUCCUGGGCACAAGUAUUGGAGGCUGUACCAAUCGAGAGGACAAGGGGUUCCAUUCAAUGGCCCCAACGUUUGUUGGAGAAAAAUACGCCAAGUAUUAUCCAAAUUUGUAUCCCAAGACCAUGUUCAUAAUAACCUCGAGGCAUCAUUAUGCCGUGAAGUGGAUGAAGCCUUGUCUAUGCUGAUGAAUGCCACCACACAUGAUGGCCAAGUCGAUGUUUUCAAGCCGUUGCAGCUCAUCACCCUUAAUAUGGCAUUGAUGAUUACCUUUGCAAGCCAUGCAGCAUCCAUACAUGAUCCAUUGUUUAAAACACUCGUGGAUUUUGUCGACCGAGGAAUUGAUUACGCGAGUCCUUUGGGUGAUGUCAAUAUGCAGCUUCCCCAUUUGGCGUGGAUCAUAGAGCUAUUCACACAAAACGAGCACGCUAUGGCCGAUUUUUCUUUCAAAGAGCGUGAUCCUUACUAUUACAACUUGGUUGAGAAAGCGCUUGCAAGUGAUCAAGAUUGCAUUGCAAAAGCAAUGGAUGCACUUAGGGAUGAUGUUCAUGUAACCGAGGAGACCGUCAUGAUCGCCUGCCAUGACAUGAUUGUGGCAAUUACGGAUCCGACAGCUGCAUCCAUAACAUGGUCGCUGGCUCUAUUGUGUGCCAAUCCACAAGCACAACGUCGAUUGCAGGAUGAGAUUGAUACAUUCCUUGGCAGACACCAUGGCCAAAUGCCGACAUUUGGCGAUUAUGCCGAGUUCCCUCUUCUCAUGUCUGCUAUCAAAGAGUGUCUAAGAGUACGAUCAAUAGCCCCGUUUGUUCUACCCCAUGAAGCCAGUGAAGAUGUGGAAUUCAGUGGCUAUUUUAUCCCCAAAGGGACAAUCAUCUUUGGGAAUCUUGAUACCAUGCAUGAAAACCCUGAUUUGUACGACAAUCCGCAAGAGUUUGUUCUCGAUCGUUUCCUAGACAAGCCAACUUUAUCAUGCAAAUUAUCUAAAGCCACUCCGCAAGAUCGAGAUCAUUAUGCAUUUGGAUGGGGAAGGCGCUUGUGUCCUGGAUCCUAUCUUGGAGAAUGCAUGAUGUUUAAUGUGCUAGUACGACUCCUUGCAAGGGCAAGCAUUGAGCCUGUGAUAGAUAAGGAAGGAAAGCCAUUGUACCCCAGCAUCCACGAGCGUCAAAAUGGAGAUGCUAUCAUUUUACCAAAGCAGAGCAGCAUGCGAAUUGUUCCACGACCCGUAGUAUAA